UAUUUCCGCCCCGCCUGUUGUUUUCCGGGGCCGGAUGAAACAAUGGCGGUAGGGGGUACCGACAUCCGUGCCGUAGACGUGGAGGAGGAUGCGUCUCAGCUGGUUUUUCCCAAGGAAUUUGAGACUGCUGAAACUCUUUUAAAUUCAGAAGUGCACAUGCUUCUGGAACAUCGGAAACAGCAGAAUGAGAGUGUAGAAGAUGAGCAAGAGCUUUCUGAACUGUUUAUGAAAACCUUGAAUUAUACAGGUCGCUUCAGCCGCUUCAAAAAUAGGGAGACUAUCGCUAGUGUCCGCAGUUUAUUGCUCCAGAAGAAGCUCCAUAAAUUUGAGCUGGCAUGUUUAGCUAAUCUGGGUCCUGAAACAGCUGAAGAGGCCAAAGCGUUAAUUCCCAGCUUAGAGGGUCGGUUUGAAGAUGAAGAGUUGCAGCAAAUCCUUGAUGACAUUCAGACCAAACGAAGCUUUCAAUAUUAAAAUGAAUUGCUAGAUUCUUCUACAAUCUGAACAGUGGGGAUGGGGAACUUGUACUUGUUUCUGUGUACCCCUGGAGAAAUUCUGUCUUUUGAUAAUGGAGAGGCCAGUACAGAUUAAUGCAGUAUUUUGUAUUCCUGCCAAGUUAUGUUUCCUAGCUUUAUGAACCUCUUAGUGAUAAGAGUUUAAACAGUUGUAUGACAUGAAUCACAGAACUUUGGAAAGUUUUAUCUGAUUUGAAGUGAAUAUUAAACAUAACUUCUUCAUCCUAGGAAUGCAAAGAAUAUUUUGAGGUCAAGUAAUACUAACUUGAAUAUGUCAUGUGUAAAAUAGGAGAAAUAUUACUAUAUUUAGUUCAUAUUACUAUUUGAGAAUUGUAACAGUAGAAUCAAGAUAAACCUGUGGGGUUUUGUUGUGCUUGUUCAUGAGACUGAGCUCUCCUUCAAAAAUAAUUGCAAAUUAAAGUAGGAUAUUUUUAACUAAGGUCUUGUAAAUGUUCUUUUUCAUUGUUUUUAUAAAUGGGAAGGAAACACCAGUAAGCAAAAAGAAGGGGGCUGCUGAUUUGCUGUAUGUUGAACUAUUGCUAUAUUAAAUUAUGAUAUAUGCAUUGCUAUAAA